UCUUCCAACCCUCCGGUCUCUCGGAGCGGAGUCCGCUCACCUUCCCGCCCCGUCUGUCCUGACCCUGGCCGCGGGGUCCCUGCCAGCCCUGGCCCCCAGCCCCUGCCUCUCUGUCGCCUCCAGGGUCGGGCGUCAGGGCGGAAAACGCCCCCGGGAAAGCCCCGGGGAGCAGCCGGAGGACAGGGCGGCGGGAAGCAGCCGGGGCACCACUAUUUAAGGCGCGUCCCCGGCGGGCGGAGGACAGAACCCGGACGAGCAUGGAGCAGGGUCUCGCCCUCCUGUUUCCCGUCUUCCUGGGGCUCCUCCAGCGAGCCCAGGGUGGGUCCUUGGAGAUGGAGCCUCCAGAUUCCGUGGUGGCAGUGUCCUUGGGCGGGUCGCAGCAGCUCACCUGCCGGCUGGCCUGCGCCGACCCCAGGAACCCCAUGGUGCAGUGGCGGGGCCUGGACACCAGUCUGGGCACCGUGCGGUCGGACGCGCGCAGCAGCGUCCUCUCGGUGCACAACGCCUCCCUGUCCGAGGCCGGCACCCGAGUGUGCGUGGGCUCCUGCGGGACCGACACCUUGCUGCGGACCGUGAAGCUCCUGGUGUUCGCAUUCCCAGACCAGCUGACUGUCUCCCCAGUAGCCCUGGUGGCCAGGCGGGACCAAGAGGUGGCCUGCACCGCCCAUAACGUCACACCUGCCAACCCUGAGGCCCUCUCCCUAUCCCUGCUCCUGGGGGACCAGGAACUGGAGGGGGUGCAGGCCCUGGACUGGGAUGUGGAGGAGGAGCCCCCGCAGGGCGAGGACCAGCUGCUCCGAGUAACACAGCGCUGGCUGCUGCCCCCGCUGGAGACCCCCCCCUCACUCACCCUCCACUGCCGGGCAACCAUGAACCUGCCUGGCCUGAGGCUGAGCCACCAGCGGGCCAUUCCAGUCCUGCACAGCCUGACCUCCCCGGAGCCCCCUGUCAAGACCUCUCCCGAGGCCACCCCAGAGCUGAGCUCCACUAGCAGCUCCAGGAGUCCUGGACCCCCGCCCAGGAACAGCAGCUCCGGGAGUCCUGGACCUCCACCAGGGAACAGCUCCAACUGGCCCUGCCGCCCAGAGAUCCACCAGUCUCCAGCCGCAGGGGGUCUGGAGCUACUUUGUCAGGCACUCUGUGGCCCCGGUGUGGCUGUGGGCUGGACCCAGGCCCCGGGAGGUCUGGAAGCCUACCAGAGGCGGGAGGCUGGGGCCCAGGCUUGGCUGAGCGUGCCCUGGGCCGGCUGCUGCGCUGAGGGCUGGUUUCGGUGUCGCCUGGACCCAGGGGGACAGAUGGCCAGCCUCUACCUGGUCCCGGAGAUCUGCUGCCAGACAACACCCCCAGCCCUGUGGACGGGCAGCUUGGUGCUAGGGCUGCUCUUCUUGGCAUUCCUCGCCCACCGGCUGCGGAAACGCUGCAGACCUACCCAGUGACCACCCAGCCCCCCAGCUGCUUGGGGCCCCCUGCCCCACCUGGACUGGGCUGAGGGGGACUGGCCGCGCCCCUCCUCAAAUGGCCUGCCUUUCCUGCCACACAGUUGCAGCCAGAGGACGACUGCAGGGUUCUGGACCUAAGUCUGGAGAGCUGACCAUAACCCCCUAACCCUGAUGGCCAGCCUCUGAGUUCCCCCUCGGUUGGGACCCUUGA